AUGUUACAAAGUGAGCUAAAACAUCAAAGAAAACUCGUGCGGAGCUUGAAAAAGAAAUCUCUUUGGUCUAAACAUUUGGAGGAGGUUGUGGAGAUGCUUGUUGAUGUCGUUAGUUUCAUUCAUCAAGAUAUUAUAGAAUCAUUUGGAGAUAAUGGGUUGACAUCUUCCGGCAGGGCAUCUACUAACAGACCAGAAAGGCUAGGUGUUGCUGGUCUUUCUUUACAUUAUGCUAACAUAAUUACUCAAAUUGAUAACAUUGCAUCACGCCCCACCUCUCUUCCUUCUAAUAUGAGAGAGACAUUGUAUAAUGGGUUGCCACCAACUGUUAAGAAUGCUCUUCGCUCCCGAUUACAAACCAUCGACACCAAGGAAGAGCUCACAGUUCCUCAAAUCAAAGCCGAGAUGGAGAAAACUCUCCAAUGGCUAGUUCCAUUAGCAUUGGAUACUACCAAAGCACAUCAAGGAUUUGGAUGGGUUGGAGAGUGGGCAAAUUCUGGAAACGAGUUUGGCAAGAAAACAGGCCCGCCAAAUAACCUGAUUCGAUUGCAGACAUUCUAUCAUGCCGAAAAGCAGAAGGCUGACUCCUACAUCCUCGAGCUAGUGGCAUGGCUUCAUCGUCUUGUUAGCCUCGUAACUUACAGAGAUAAUGGACUCAAGGCUCAACCUGUACAAUCUCCAACUCUCAGAGGAUCAAAUACAUUGUCAUCAAACAACAAUGCUGGAAUUCAUAAAGUCCAGCUCUCUCCGGAUGAUAAAAAUUUGUUGGACAAGGUCACGAAAAGGAAGAACUUGGCCCCCGGACUAAGUAAAAGCCAGGAAUUCACGACAGUGCAGAAUAGGAAAAAUAAGGUAUGGGCACUGAGUAGGAGCACUGGGAGCUCUCCCCGUAGAGGACUGGAACACCUGAAAGCAUUUUCUCUAACAAAUCAAAUACUUGGUCCCAAAUUCUCUCCUCCAUCUCCGCCGCGCCAUGUCGGUUUCCGCUGCCAACUUCCCAUCUCAGCCACUUCUGCCACCGCAAGUAGCAGCAGCAAUGUUUCACAAACGGCGUCGUUGUACGAACUUCUGGGAAUUCAAAUGGGCGCUUCAGAUCAAGAAAUUAAGAAUGCGUAUAGAAGAUUGGCCAGAAUCUUGCAUCCCGACGUUGCAUCGCAAGUCGGAGACGAUGACACGUCAGCAGCCGACCAGUUUAUGAGAGUGCAUGCCGCUUAUGCAACUCUAUCUGAUCCUCAGAAGCGUGCGAAUUAUGACCUAGCACUCUACCGGCGUAGGAUGGGAUCUCAGUCGCCGUCGGCCAGUGGGUUUACUGGGUACACUGCCCGGAACCGGAAUUGGGAAACUGACCAGUGCUGGUAG